UCAAAGCAAGGCCAAGUCUAAGUCUACAUUACAAUGCAUAUAUAUAUAUGUCUUCUUAUAUAUAUAUAUAAGAAGAAAUAAUGAAAGAAAUAGAGAUCAAGAGGAGGAAACUCAUCAAACCCACAAUGGUAAGUGGUAGCGGCGACGGCGACAAUGACUGUGAUGCUGAGUUCCUGCAAAUCCAUGGAGAUGGCAGGUUCUUGUCCAGGCUCUUGUCCAAGGAAGCCUCCAAAGAUGAAGCUCGUGAACCAUCCUUCAGAGUGCUCUACUAUGGCGGCUCCGCCGGCUCGGUUCCGUUCACGUGGGAGUCACGGCCGGGCACUCCUAAACACCCGUCUUCCGGAACUUCCAUGAUCCCUCCUCUCACUCCGCCGCCGUCGUACUUGUUCGGCAAUUCCCGGGCCAAGUCCCGGAGGCCGUAUCUUUCGAAACUAGGGUUUCUCUUCGCCGGCGUCUUUUCCAGGAUUAAUAAUGUCUCCGGCAAAGGCCACGUUUCGGCGGCGUCUUUCUCGUCGUCCUCGGUGUCUUCAUCUUGCUCGUCGAGCUCGUUUCCAUCGUCUCAAAUGAAUUCGAGCGUUCGCCGGCGCGGAGCUUGCUGCUACCCGUGCUCGAGAAUCACGGCGCACUCUGUCGGAGAAGAUGAAGACGAGCGGCGGGCUGCUAAGUCGGCUACCUCAAUUCUGUGUUUCGGUAGGAGCUGAUCUAGAAACGUAAAUUGAUGAAUUGAGGAUGAUGAUGAAUAAGUAUUAUAAGUUGCUAUAAUUAAAUUAGAAUUUUGUAUAUCAUCUUUCUUCUUUAUUUCUCUUUAAUGGUACGAUAAUUACGACAUUCCGUAGUCACUACGGUUAUUAGGAUGUAUACUGAGUUAGUUCUAAUUUAGGAGAUGCAUGAACUGUUUAAUAUGUAUUAUUAUUGGUAUGGUAA